CCCUCUCCCUCUCCCUGCUGCCUCUCUCUCCCUCUCUCCCUCUCAGACACAACCAUGAAAAUCCAUAAAUCUUGUUUUAGUUUUACUACUGCAGUUACUUUCUUAUUCAUUGUUUUGGCCCCCAAACACUUCACCCGAUCCCUCGCUGAGCCCGCUGCCUCUGCUUACGACGCCGUUUUCUCCUCCGACCGGUGUUACAGCCUGGACCAGAAAGCAGAGACGAAGAACUCGCUGAAUUCCUCCGUGACUUGUAAAAACCAGACGCUCCGAUCACGAGCACCUCUAUCGGGCUGUGAAGUAUGGACCAAAGCGUGCUCGGAGGGGGUGCUGAGUAUAGCGCGGCAGCCGGAGACGGUGGAGUGGCUGAAACGGUUGAGGAGGAGGAUCCACGAGAAUCCAGAGCUGGCUUUCGAGGAGAUCGAGACAAGCCGGUUGAUCAGAGAGGAGUUGGAUCGGAUGGAAGUUAGUUAUCGAUAUCCUCUGGCUCAGACCGGUAUUCGGGCCUGGAUCGGCACCGGUGGUCCUCCUUUUGUUGCCAUCCGAGCUGACAUGGACGCGCUUCCUAUUCAGGAAGCAGCGGAGUGGGAGUACAAAUCUAAAGUUGCGGGUAAAAUGCAUGCUUGUGGGCACGACGCACACGUGACCAUGCUCAUCGGUGCGGCUAAAAUCCUCAAGAGUCGGGAGCAUUUAUUGAAGGGAACAGUGGUGCUGAUAUUCCAGCCAGCAGAGGAAGCGGGGAAUGGAGCGAAACGAAUGAUAGAAGAGGGGGCUUUGGAGGACGUGGAGGCCAUAUUUGCGGCUCACGUAUCUCACCAGCUCCCAACGGGCAUUAUCGGGUCGAGGCCCGGACCUCUGCUCGCUGGCUGUGGCUUCUUCAGAGCUGUCAUUAGUGGCAAAGGGGCUCGUGCUGCCACUCCUCACCGCUCUCUUGAUCCCCUCACGGCUGCUUCUGCCGCUGUCAUCAGCUUGCAGGGUAUUGUCUCCAGAGAAUCGGAUCCAUUAGAUUCCCAGGUUGUCUCAGUGACUUCUCUCAACGGAGGCAACAGUCUCGACGUGAUACCCGAUAAAGUGGUCCUUGGUGGCACUUUCAGAGCUUUCUCCAACGCAAGCUUUUACCAGCUCCUUGAAAGAAUAGAGCAGGUGAUUGUGGAACAAGCCAGCGUCUACAGAUGCUGGGGAGAAGUAGACUUCUUCGAAAAGGAAUAUACCAUUUAUCCUCCAACAGUUAACAGUGAUCGAACGUAUGAGCAUGUGAAGAAGGUGGCGACGGAUUUGCUGAGCGAAACAAAUUUCAGGGUGGUCCAACCCAUGAUGGGCGCUGAAGACUUCUCCUUCUAUUCCGAGGUGGUGCCUGCUGCUUUCUUCUACAUAGGAAUCAGGAACGAAACGUUGGGGUCUGUUCACACUGGCCAUUCUCCUCUUUUUAUGAUCGAUGAGGAUGCUCUUCCCAUUGGCGCUGCUACUCAUGCCUCCAUUGCUGAAAGGUAUCUCAUUGAACACCACUGAUUCUGCAUGUCUCAAAGCUACGCCUCACGGCUCCGGUUUGCAACUUAUUUUGUACAAAAUUAGAAUAGCCACGUUAGGUUUAUCGAAUCUUCCCUGUGCGCUCAUGUUGUCAUUUGGGCUGGGCUUGGAAGAUCCACUCAAAACAAAAGCCCGUUCUAUCGUUAUGUGGAUCUCCAGAAAAUGGGCCAAAAGUCAAAUUGUCAAUGGUGUUUCAAUUCGCUUUUGACGAAGAUGUCCAUGAGUGUAAACUACUAGGAAGCUCAGGAACUCGUAUAUACGGUUAGACCCAUAUUAUAAAGGAUAAGACUCGAUCGAAUAUUACUCUCCCAGAGAUUCAUAUUCAUUUGUUGCCCCUUCC